UCCUUGAUUUUAUUUGGUGACCCAGGCCAGUUACCACCUGUGGCAGACAAGCCUCUUUAUCAUGCUAAACCAUCAAGUGAUGUUGGUGAACAAGGGUAUCAAACAUACAGAAUGUUUGAUAAAGCUGUUAAGCUUACUGUCAAUCAGCGAGUACAAGGUAUGAAUUCUGAACAAGUCAGAUUUAGAGAUUUGUUGUUGCGACUCCGCAAAGGUGAGUCCACAGUUGAUGACUGGAAAUUACUUUUGACUCGUCAACCUUCAGCAAUUACAAAUUUGAGUGAGUUUGAAGAUGCUACCAGACUUUUCUAUAGCAAUGAGCAGGUUGCAAAUUACAACCAUGACCAACUGAGUAAACUUGAGCAACCAGUUGCUCAUAUCAAUGCUCGCCAUUCAUCGGCAAUUGCAAAGAAAAUUGCUUCAGAAGAUAUGUCAGGAUUAGAACCUGUGGUGUUUUUAGCAAAAGGUGCUAAAGUGAUGUUAACCAUGAAUUUAUGGUCAAAUGUUGGGCUUUGCAAUGGGGCCACUGGGACAGUCAUUGAUUUUAUCUUUGAAAGCAACCAUCGGCCACCAGACUUACCUGUUGGUGUUGUAGUUCAGUUUGAUAACUACAGGGGUCCUUCAUUUGAUGACACUCAACCAUCUUGUGUCCCAAUAUGUCCAAUCACUGUCUCCUCACAGUCAGGAAAUGGUUUCCACGAGAGACAACAAUUGCCUCUUAGACUUGCUUGGGCUCUAACUAUUCACAAGAGUCAGGGACUCACCCUAUCAAAAGCUUGGAUAGAUAUUGGUAAGUCUGAGAGAACCGCCGGAGUCUCUUACGUUGCAAUCAGUAGAGUAAAAACACUAUCAUCUUGUGUCAUUGAACCAAUGACUUACGAAAGACUGACAAGCUUAAAAUCUUCAGCAAAUUUGCAGUUCAGGCUGGAAGAAGAAAACAGGCUAGAUCGUUUAGCACGAAGUACACACAGUGCAAAUAUAGGUCGUCAAACCAUUGUGGUUGAAUAA